CAGAACAUAACCUAGAAAGGUAUACAACCGCCGUAUCCUUCAUUUCCUUCUUCUUCUAAAACCCUAAACCCCAAUUUCAAAACCCUCAAUCCUCAUCAAACCAUGGCUAUCAACACUAUACUUCGCCGAUCAGCUUCCGCACUCACGCCUGUCGCCGCCCGGUUAUUGGGCGGCCAGAGAAACCUCAGCCACCACUGCGGCGGCGCUUUGUUCUCUGCUGUUAAUCAUUCUCAGAAAUUAAUUUCCAACAGUUCGUUUCUGGUUCCUGCACUUUCUCGUUAUUCUUUUUCGGCUUCUUCUGCUCUGAAGCGCCCGACUUCUGAUGAGUCGCUGCUUCGGGUUAUUGAGUCGGAGAUUCAGUGCUCUGAAGAAAGCUUCGAGGAGGGCGAUGAUAUUCCAGAGGGCUUCCCUUUCAAACUUGAGGAUAAUCUUGGGCAACAAACCGUAUCUCUGACCAGAGAAUACCAAGGGGAAACUAUCCAUGUUGAAGUCGAGCCGUCUAGUCUUGUCACAGGUGAGGAAGACGAUGAUGAUGAUGCUAAUGAUGAUUCUGAACAAGACAACCAAACAAGCCUCCCAAUGGUUGUUAGAGUUUCAAAAACAGGCGGGCCCUGUUUAGAGUUUGGUGUAACUGCUUAUGCUGAUGAGAUUGUCAUCGAUAGCUUGUCGGUCAAAGAUCCAGAAAUGACUGAGGAUCAACUUCCUUAUGAGGGACCAAGAUUUGAUGAGUUGGAUGAGAAUCUGCAAAAGGCGUUUCACAAGUACUUGGAGAUCCGUGGAAUUAAACCGAGCGUGACGAACUUUCUGCAUGAGUACAUGGUGAACAAAGACCACAGGGAGUACACAAACUGGCUAAAGAACCUCAAGAAGUUUGUUGAGGCAUAAAAAGUGUGCUUCUUUGAGGGAAGUAUGAUUUUGAUGGUCUCUUAGACAAACAGUUAAUGAAUGUUCUAAGGUUUUGCAUUGUUAGAGACUUGCUUAUGAUCAUUUAAUGAUAUGAUGUUUUGAGUGAUUAAUGUCUGAACUUCUGUGUAAGAUAAGCAUGGAAUCAUAAACAUCUACUGAAUGUUGCUUUUGGUUGUGCA